AUGUCUGUUUUGCCCUGGCCUGAUCUUCCCUUGUUUGAAUGGUUCAUCCACACUGUGCCUGGUUGGAGACACUACAAUAUAUGGGUGCCAACCAAUGUCAGUGGCGUUCUUGUUGUCAGUUUCUAUCCAGAUGGCCUGAGUGAGUGUCUGGAGGUAUAUACACCUCGGAAUGAUUGUGGCUUUCAAAUAAAUCAUGGUGGUACAGCAGUGAAGCAUCGCCGGGUCGCCUUACGCGCUGGAUACAGCAGGGCGGGUAAGCUAAAAUAUGCUAUUGCUGACGCCUCCCUUCUUAAACUUGCACGUUUUCCCGCUUUCACCCUACCCCCCCCCCACAUUCGAGUGCCCUCUCCACAGGCCCAAGUACCAGGACUGACCUCGCCGUGCGUCACAUCCAUCUGCAGGCUCUGUACGUUUGAGUUCAGUAACAACUUUGAACCCAGAAAGCCUGUCUACUUCACCGCGUUUAAUGUUCGCACACUGAAGCAAGCAGGUCAACAGGUGGCUCUUGCUCACCCACUAGAUACCCUUUGCAUUGAUGUUUGUUGUCUGUCGGAAACAAGGAUACAGGACGCAAGUUCCGUGACCGAGCUGACUGCCCCUCACUCUGUUUCAGGUUCCGGCUGCGCACCUUUGGUGGUGCAGAGGCCGGUGCAAAUUGAUAUGCUGAGGUGCCCUCUUUUACAGCGGGCUGAAAGCUCAGACAUUGUUGCGGUUGCUGGUGGCAUAAACACCCAGGUAGGCAGACUAAGCGCUGCUGAGGCCCGAUUGGGUGGUCGUCCUGGAUUGGACACGAGGAGCACGGGCAACGGAGAUCGCCUGCUUCAGAUGUGUGUUGAUUACAGGCUGUUCCUGUGCAGUACACAUUUCAGAAACACGGUGGCUGUUGAUCUGUUCGCCGAGCUUGGCAAUUGGCUUGCAAACGUCUCGUCACCAUACGAGGAGGCGUCAUCAGUGCGCCCCCAACUGUUACCUACCUGCCUUGUGAACAUCCGUCUUUUUAUCCGCAGUAUGCUUUCCUGUUUACCAUUGUUCAAGUUAUUGUCUCUCCUACACCACCAUUUCGAUAAUGUCUACCCUGGUUCACAGAAUGCAUUUGGCUUACACCCCUGA